AUGUCGACAGUGGCGACUCGGAUCAGCAUACCUUUCCCACAGGGCGGAGAUGUCACGCCGGAGCUCGUGGGCAUUCUCGAGCAAGCCGAAGCUUCGACAGACAGGAGAGGCGCCCCUCUGGCAUUGAUAUUGCACGGAUCACUCGCGCACAAGAAUCAGUCCUAUCACAAAUCACUAGCACGCAAGCUCGCAGCGAGAGGCUUAGACAGCUAUCGUCCCGACUUUCGCGCAAACGGAGAGACCAAGGGCGUCUGGAAUAUGUCCAAUUUCGAGGAGGAUCUCGUCGAUCUAGACGUCAUCGUGCCUUACCUGCAAAAGACAUAUGGCUAUGUCGUCAAGAUGGUCGUCGGCCAUUCUCGCGGCGGCGUUGUAUCUCUGCGCUACAUCACCAAGAAGGACCCCAGCAUACCUCUCCUCGUCGAGAUAUCCGGUCGGAUCCGAAUGGAUCUCGUCUGGGAUCUCCUACCGUUGUACAAAGACGGCUUCGAUAAAGACGGCGUUCACGUGCGCAGCCUACGGGUCGCCGGUCAGCAGGUCUCGGUCGAGAUCCGACCAGAAGACAUGCACACUUUUGCUGCCAUACCGACGCGCUACGUAGAGACCGAAUUUCCCGAAAAAACACAUGUGCUCAUCGUACAUGGCACUUCCGACGAGGUCGUGCCGGUGGAAGAUGGUAAAAUAUAUAGCGAGGUACUGAACAAGAGAACGAACGGGAAAUGCUCACUAGCACUCAUAGAAGGCGCCAACCACAACUUCCAUGGGCAGACCGAAGCGGUCGUCGAUGCUAUCAUGCAUUGGCUUGACGGUCCAGCUCAGCAAGCUGCUCGUGCUGUCGGAUUAUCACCAGCCGCAGAUCAGCCAGCGCCUUCGGCCAGACUGUAG